CUUGGAUCAAUAAUUUCUGUUCAUCUUCAUCCGUCAAUUAUUUUUUUUUUCCCCUUUUUUUUGGGUUUCGAAAUGAGAAAAUGUGUUGAUCUAGGCCACCUUGUUUUGAGGCUUUAGUUAAUGGCUAUUUUAAUUAACACUUCUGUAGAACAUGGUCCACUUUUCUUCCAUUACAAAUGUAUUUAUUAUUUUCAUUAAACAAGUAGGAGUAGUAGUACCUGCAUGCAGAGAUUUGACUUUUUUUUUUCCCCCUAGCCAUUUUUCUUUUUUUAGUUUUAUUUUUUGGUGGGGAAUUUAAUCAAAAUAUUCUCCCUUUCACUCUAUAUUACGUAUUUCUUCCGUUUCUUUGAAUAGCCCUUUUGACAAUUAAUACUCAGAUUGUAAAAUUUAUGGUAGGCUUCCAUUAAUUGAGUGUUGCAGGUUUGGAAGAAAAAAAACACACACACACACACACAAACACACAGACACCAUCAAAGAGGUGUAGCAGAGCCACCGUAACAGUUUCAAGACAAAUUUUUUUGAGGUUGGUGACUUUAGCUUGUUCUUUCACUUAUUGUCUUAAAUUUUAGGCCUUUCUGGGCUACAAAGAUUGCUGCAGGCAUAUUUAUUUGACUAGUCGGAGAAGUAGUUUAACUACUGCAAAAAAAUGUAAAAGUCUCUGGAGGACUACUUUUGUGAUGGUCGGUCCCAUCCUGUUGUUAAGAAUAUGCCAGAAUGUAAUAAAUGAGCAGAUUGAAUCGUGUAAUUGGGAUAAAUUAUGAUAUCAGCCUGAUGAAGAACCUUAAGAAGUUUGUAUUCUCUUAUUGAAAUGCACUUUUUUAAGUACACCAUUUCAUUUGAAGUGGGAUGAAUCUUUUAGGUUGGGAAUUUCUUGAAAGUGUGUGUUUUGGACUUGAAUCUAUGUAAGAUGAAAAGGAUGGGAAAUUCCCAAUUUGCGUAGUUUAGAAAGAGUCUAACUUUGGAUUUCCCAGCUCACACAUUUCAAAUGAGACACGUUUUUCGGGUCAAGACAAAGAUGCUUUGAUGAAAAAAGGGGGUUGUGAAUGCGUUUAGAAAUGGAUAGUUUUUGACUGUCCAAGAUGGGAACAAAAGCAUGUAUUUCAAAUGACCUCAGAUGAUAAAAAUCUUCGCUUCUUAUAGUAACGGCAGCACGAGAAACAACUUCCUUCUAGGGAAAUGCAGAAAGCAUGAAAAAGAAACUCUUCUUUUUCUCUCAUCUGAUCAUGUAAAGACUGAAUUUCUCACAACAUACAGCAAAGAAGAAAUGAAGCGUAAGCUUGAUUUUUGAGUGUUUCCAGUUAGGAACUUGUGGGCUAAAACAUGUGCAUCCAUGUUUGCAGGCAUGGAUUUUAUGGACACCAGACGGAAGAGCACCUCUCCUAGAAGAAUUCUUUUGGUUGCUGCAGCUAUUACUGUUUUCAUUAUAAUUUUCAAGAAAUCACCUGGUUUUGGUGGCUCCAGCAAGUUUUCUGAACAUGAACCUGGAGUAACACAUGUCCUAGUAACUGGAGGGGCAGGAUACAUAGGAUCUCAUGCUACCCUUCGACUUUUAAGGGAUUCAUAUCGUGUGACAAUAGUGGAUAACCUUUCUCGGGGAAAUCUAGGCGCUGUGAAAGUCCUCCAAGACCUGUUUCCAGAGCCCGGAAGACUGCAAUUCAUUUAUGCGGAUUUGGGAGAUGCAGCAGCUGUCGACAAAAUAUUCAAACAGAAUGCCUUCGAUGCUGUAAUGCAUUUCGCAGCUGUUGCAUAUGUUGGUGAAAGCACAGCUGAACCACUCAGAUACUAUCACAAUAUUACAUCAAACACAUUGACCUUAGUUAAGGCCAUGGCUGCUCAUGGAGUAAAGACUCUAAUCUAUUCCAGCACUUGUGCUACAUAUGGAGAGCCUGACAAAAUGCCCAUAACAGAAGACACUCCUCAAUUCCCUAUCAACCCCUACGGCAAGGCAAAGAAAAUGGCUGAAGACAUUAUAUUGGACUUUUCGAAAACUUCCAACAUGGCUGUCAUGAUUUUAAGGUACUUUAACGUGAUUGGUUCUGACCCUGACGGAAGACUGGGAGAAGCACCUAGACCAGAAUUGCGAGAGCAAGGUCGGAUAUCAGGAGCUUGUUUUGAUGCUGCCAGAGGCAUAAUUCCUGGACUUAAGGUUAGAGGGACGGAUUACAAGACUGCAGAUGGCACUUGUGUGAGGGAUUACAUCGAUGUUACUGAUCUGAUUGAUGCACAUGUUAAGGCACUAGCCAAUGCAACCCCUGGAAAAGUCGGAAUAUACAAUGUUGGUACAGGAAAAGGUAGUUCAGUGAAAGAAUUUGUGGAGGCCUGUAAGAAGGCCACUGGAGUGGACAUAAAAGUGGAUUACCUGGAUCGUCGCCCUGGGGAUUAUGCUGAAGUCUUCAGCGAUCCCUCCAAAAUUAGGCGAGAACUUGGGUGGUCAGCAAGAUACAAUCUUCAAGAGAGUUUAUCAAUCGCAUGGAAAUGGCAGAAGGCUCAUAGAAAUGGUUACAACUAG